AUGUCGGCCUGGUCCUCUUCCACAGGCAAGGCGCAGCUUUCUUAUGCCGAUCGCCUUCGCCAAGCUUCCAAAUCAACCGCACCCGCCAAACAGGACCCUUCCCCUCCAACCUCCUUCGCCAUACGCGCUGUGCCACGAGAGGAAAGCCAAACAAGCCCUCCGUCUUCGUCUUUGAGCCCUGCCACCGGCGCUUCUUCGAGAAGGCCUUCCAGUGCUUCCUCACCUGGCGGCGCUGCCUCUGCUUCAGUCAUCGCACCGAGACCGUCAGCGACUUCAUCGGAUAACCGGAACUCCUCCGCUUCCGCCGAAUCGAGUGUAGCGCCGUUCGCAAGCAGCGGUCCUCCUGUCAAUGUAUGGGAAGCACGUCGCAAGCAGCUCGCCGACCGCGAGGCUGAGAAGGAGCGAGAGCGUCAGGCCGCCGUAGCGCAUCAGAAAAAGGCAUCGCCAGCAGUCACAGCAUCUUCAAGUGUUGGCGCCACACCAAGCAAAUCCAAGCAGACAACUGCAACGCCAAGAAAAGCCAACGAGCGUCAUUCCAAGGGCUCAACAGCCUCGAGUCAGGCUGAUCGGAAAUUCACCAAGCCAACCAAUCCAUCCUCCAGUCGUGCCUCCAAUUCGGUGUCAAUAUCUGCAUCGUUUCCCACAGCGGCAGCACCGAUACCGGACAAGUCCACCACGUCUGCCAGCGCCUCCAAGGCCGCUCCAUCCACCCCAACAGUCAAGAUCGACAGUCGAGUCACUGAAGAAUCUCACUCUGCGGCCAGAUCGGAUGAACUGUCGGGUGCCGCAUCAAGGCAGUCGACAGCUUCGAGCAACAAGACUGCCACAACCAAGGUCAAUGACACUGUCCAGACCACUGACGCUGCAACAGCUCCAUCAAAACAAGACCAAGCAGCGAGCGCUUCGAUCCCCACUCAGAAUGAGACGGCCCAAGUGCCGAACUCUUCGGCCUUGCCUGUGCAGACCGAUUCCGCACAGCCCUUCAUUCCUGACGACAUUCCAGGAAGUCCUGCCACCGUCGCCUCAGCCAUCGAGGAAGUUCUUAAAAAUGGAGGUGCACACGGUGCGCAGACUGAGCAAGACGAUGCGUGGCUCGCGAGGAUUCACCUUCUCAAUGGAGGUCAGAACAUGCCCAAGUUCGGUGGCUUUGGACCCAACGGGGUUUCAGGGCUGAACGACGAGGCCGAGUUACAGGCUGCGAAAAAGGCAGAACGCGCUGUCGCCGCGGCGUGGGGCGCUGGAAAGAAUGUCUGGAACAAGUCGCAGCAACAGCAGCAGCACGAUCAGCAGCAGAAUCGAUCGGAGGCUAGCAAAGAUGCUUCGUCAGACGCGGUUAACACUCCCGCUGCCCAAGGCGCGUCUGAAGGUGUCACGGCAGAUAGCAAAUAUGGAGGCUCUGCAGUGCCUUUGACAGCUGUCGCCAUUAAUGGCAUUUCUACAGAAGCCAAAGACACACACGCUCCAGUUGCAAAAGUAACGCAAGCGGCCGCUACAGCCUCCGGCGAAAAGCCUAAUGCCUCCGUCGCCGAUACUUCGGCGAGCAAGCAAAGGUCUCCCCCCCCUGCUGACCAGCAAAAGACCGGCAAAGGCGCAGCCGCUCAAUCUAAGUCGAGCGAAGUGAGCGUGCCGCCAUUUGAGGAUGCCAACUACUGGCCCAGCCCUCUGGACGCCGGCAAGAAAGUGGCAGAAAAGCCGAGAGCAGCCAUCGGCACGAGUGACCAGGACAAGUCGGAAGACAUCAAGGCCCCGCAGUCAAAAAAGCCAAAGAGCUUGUACGAGACACUCGACGAGUUGCAAGUCAGAAUUGCGCCUGGCGCUCACCCACAGCAUCCAGGAGGCGCAGCGGGGGCACGCAAAGGAAAACAGCAAUGGGUGUCGAUCCUGCCAGAGAUCACGCACACCUCGGCACCUGCUUCUGGUGGCAAGACCAAUCGAUCCGCGUCCGAUGCCAAGGGAGGUAAGGGCGCCAACAAGCAGCAGCAGCAGCAGCGCAAGGACGUGAACAAAGGCACUGUUCAGACACAGCAGGGUGCUCAGGGUGCCCAAGGCGCCAAGAAGGAGGGUGCCACCAAGCCGAAAACUGCUCGAUCUGAAUACAAAUCGCAGGAGAAGGAGGGUGCAGUCGAUACUGCUACGACCACCAACGCAUCUGAUCUGCAAGGGAAAAACGGCACUUCGCUUGCCACACAAAGCGGCAAGGCUGGUGACGCUGUGAACAAGUCAAAUGCGAAAUCAUCGGAUGCGCUUAGUACUCCAGCCAAACCUUUCGCGCCAACCGUGCAGGGCAAGGCCCGAGAAGCCGGGCAAAUUCAGCUCAAGAGUGCCGAGUCUACAUCCACUAGCACGGAGAGAUUCGCCAGCUCGGCACCUGCGUUCACUCCAUCUGCCAGUGGCGAGCUGCCAGCCAAGCAGCCACAGCUUGGUCCGCAACCACGCACGAAUCUUCGUCCUAACCUGAACGGUGUCUCGACGUCCUCGUUCCCAUUGCAUCCCAACGGCGCGAGGCCACCCAAAGGCGGCGCCUCUUCUGGAACCGGCACACCUAGCCGAAGCUCGCCUCGUGGCUCUGUUGCUUCCUCGCCCAAAGUUCAUGCCCUGCCCCGCGCUGUGGCGCAGCUAACCACCGAUACCGUCUCAACACCCUACGGUGCUCAACCGCCGCCGCUGUUCUACGGUCCAUCUGGUGUAGCAACACCCAUGCUCUCUACAGGACCGACCAACUCGCUUACCUCCCACAGCGGUGCUGCUUGGUUGCCGUACAACCCGUACGCCCGGCCCGCCGCAUACAUGUUUGACGCUACAGCGCAGAUGGGCGCUCCCCUACCCGCAGGCGUGCUCGGUCAGUUGCUGGGACAGAUCGAGUUUUACUUUUCGCAGCACAACUUGCAGGGCGACUUUUUCCUGCGCCAGAAGAUGGAUGGUCAGGGGUGGGUCGACAUUGGCGUGGUGGCUGGGUUCAAGCGCGUUCAGGCGAUCACCUCGGAUGUGAGCAUGGUUAAGGAUGCGUUGUUGCACAGUACCGUGCUGGAUGUGGAUGAGCAUGGGAUGAAGGUGAGACGGCGCUUUGGAUGGGAGUUGUAUACGCUUGCUCCGUUGGCGAUGUCGCCGGCGGCGGCAGAUGGGGCGGAUGAAAGUGUGGGGAGAGAUGUGGACGAGAAAGAGGUCGACAAAGGUGCGACGGCCGGCGAGGAGGACGAGGAGGCGUUAGGCGUUGUUGCUGCUUCUGGAUUUGGGGGUGCGCUCGAAGCGUGA